UGGGCUGCUGGCUGGGCAGGGGAGAGGGAGGUCUGGGGGCUUCUGGAAGGCCCAGGAGGCUGUAGGUCUGGAAGCCGGGCCAGAGCACAGAGCGGCCCCCUCCCGAAUGCACGACCAGCCCCUCUGGGAUUUUCCAACCGAGAGACUGUUGGCGACUGGGAAACCUCCCUGAACCCACAGUCAGACCCAGGGGCCAAAGCGGAACUUAGGCUAGGGGUCAUGCUUCGCCACAUCCCAGAUAACCUCUCUGUUGAACCCAGGGCCUGGUCUGGUUUCUCUGCCUCAGGAAGGCAAAGCCUGGGCCUUUGGGGAGGCAGGCAGACUUGGGUCCCAACCUUAUUGCCACUUAGCAGUGUGGCCUCGGGCAGUCACCUGGCCUGUCAGCUUCCUUUGUAACUCAUCCAACCCUUGGGUUGCUGGGACCACGUGACCUCUCCAGUGAAGCUGCUGGCCUAGCUGUGUGAAGGGGCUGUCUCGCCGUCCUGGGGGCAGCUGGGACCAAUCCAGCCAGAUUGCGGGCCCCUUCUCCAAGGAGCCUCAGCUUACAGAGCCAGUCCCCACAGCCCCCCAGAGGUGGGAGCCCAGGCAGGGGUAGCACAGAAGGCGAGUCCGGCCGUAGAGCUGAUGGCUGGCCUCAAACCCUGAGCUAAGAGCAAGCUACAAGGCAUUUUCGCCUCAGGCCCCCUGUCUGUGAGAUGGGGUGACAGGACCUCACCACUGAGGGGCUUCAAGGCAUAGAGUGGGGCUCAGUCACUAGAAGUUGGGGCCUGGGGCCGCCCUGCCUCCUGCGCCAGCUCCAGCCACCGCCCGGCCUUCUCUUUGGACAUGAGCUUCCGGGUGCCGGGCCCGGGCCUGGGCAAGAUGAAGCUGGACAGUGCACAGUCCUCCCUGGACCAGGAGGAGGCCGAGGAGGCAGAGGACCGGCAGCUGCUGGAGCCGGCGGCCUGGCGAGCCUACAUGGAGCGCCGCACCGCGCUGCGCGAGUUCCUGACCUCGGACCUGAGCCCGCACCUGCUCAGGCGCCACCACGGGCGCAUGGAGCUGCUCCAGAAGUGCUCCUUCCACAUCGAGAUCCUCCCCAAGCACCUGGCCCUGGGCGACCAGAACCCCCUGGUGCUGCCCAGUACCAUGCUCCAGCUCAUCGACCCCUGGAAGUUCCAGCGCAUGAAGAAGGUGGGCACCGCCCAGACCAAGAUCCAGCUCCUGCUGCUCGGGGACCUGCUGGAGCAGCUGGACCGGGGCCGCGCCGAGCUGGGCGCCCUGCUGGAGUCGCCCGACCCGCGACCCUUCCUGGCGGGCUGGGGGCUGGUGGCGCGGAGGCUGGCGGAGCUGUCGGCCGUCAUGGACAGCUUCCUGGCCAUGAUGGUGCCCGGGCGCCUGCACAUGAAGCACCGCCUGGUGUCCGACAUCGGCGCCACCAAGAUCCCGCACAUCCGGCUGAUGCUGAGCACCAAGAUGCCCGUCAUGUUCGACCGCAAGGGGUCGGUGGCCCACCAGGACUGGGCCAGCCUGCGCUGGUUUGUCACCAUCCAGCCGGCGGCCCCUGAGCAGUUUGAGCUGCGCUUCAAGCUGCUGGACCCGCGGACGCAGCAGGAGUCCACGCAGUGCGGCACCAUCCCCGUGGCGGCCUGUGCCUUCGACAUCCACAAUCUGCUGCCCAACCGCUCCUACAGGUUCACGGUCAAGAGAGCAGAGAGCUACACACUGGUGUACGAGCCGUGGCGGGACAGCCUCACCCUGCAGACGAGGCCGGGGCCCCCAGAAGGGCCCAGCCCUAGUCGGCUAAGCAAGCCAGGCCUGCCCCUGACCACACUUUCUGAGAGAUGAUUUUCUAAUAUUUAUCCACUAAUAAAGACUAUAAACACACAC